GUUUUGAUCACAUGAUCUGAUUGCGGUCUUGGUUCGUGAUGGCGGUAUCGAGCCUUCAGUCGGUAGACUGCGUAAAAACGACCGAGACUCGUGCAGUCGGCAGUCCCCAGCUCCCGAGAUCGGCCAUCAGUGAGAUCCAUUCCUCGGAACAGACGGGGGUCCCCCUAAACACGCCUUGGACAUUCUGGCUUGAUAAGUCCAUCCCAGGAUCCUCAGCAGCUCAAUACGAGGCCAGUAUACGCAAACUGUACACCGUGAGCACCGUGCAGGGUUUCUGGAGUGUGUAUAACAACAUUCCUGAAGUAAACAAAUUAAAUGUUCGAUAUACAUACCACUUAAUGAGGAAUGAACGCAGACCUGUCUGGGAGGACAAAGCCAACUGUUUCGGGGGAUGUUGGAGAUUAAAAUGUUCCAAAUUAGACUCGCCGUCAGUUUGGAAAGAAUUACUUUUGGCUGCCAUUGGUGAACAAUUGACAGAUUCCAUGGCAGAAGGAGAUGAGGUAGGCGGCAUCAGUAUUAGUAUACGGGAGCGAGAUGACCUUAUAGAAAUCUGGAACGCCCGCUCAGACUUUCAUGAACAGUCAACUGUGGUAGACAAAGUCAAAGAACUCCUCCCUGAAGUCAACUUUUCAGCCAUAUUCUAUAAAGCUUUUUCCACCCAUCAGGCUUUUGAGUCUGAUAAACUCUCCAAGAAACAUAACCGCUGAUAAACUUAAUUCCACGUGGAUCUGUGAUGAUGUUAGUUUUGUCAGUCCAGAGCAUUGAAGAAUAAGUACGCAAUUGAUGGCCCAAAGAAAAAUCCUAGAAUGACAGAUGGAAUGAUGAAUACCCCAAUGGAAUCUUAUAUACCGGUACUUAUACCAUUAAUACUGUCUUGUGCAGGCAUUGUAUUGAAAUCCCUUUUUAUGGUCAUGUAAAACAGGUUGCUUGUCUUCGUUAUGUUCAUAUUUUUUAUUAAACCAAUGGUGUGAAGUUUUUGGUCAUGUUUGACAUGAUUUUUUUUAUGGAGAGAUGUAUAUGUAGAAAAAUAUUCACUGAAUUUCAAAGCUUUGUCAGUAUUUCAACUCAUCCUCUUGCCAAAUUACAGGAAAUCCAGUUUAUUUUGUAAUUCGCUGUGUAUGGUUAUAAAAUUUGAACAAAAAAUUCAGUGAUACAUAUUAUUGACAAAAAUGUGCUAUUUAGAAUAUUAUGGUGUUUUAGCAUUUCUUAGAAGAGGUAAUUGUCAUUUUCUUCCCAUUUUCAGUUUGAAAGAAUAUUUGUAAUGCAUUUUAUGAAGGGGAUUUAAUCUGUAUGGUUAGGAUGGUUGCUUCACAACCAUGAGGCCUGGGUUCUAUUCUGAAACCUGGCACCUCAUCAAACUUAAGAUGUUUAAUGGUGACUGUUCCUUGCCAAGCACCUGAUAUUAAAAAUGAACGUCAUGAAUCUUUUGGAUGAUGACCUUGAAAAUUGAGGUCUCGUGUCGCAGUAGGCAUUGGCAUGAUAAAGAACCCUCACUGCUUUGGUUGUCAAAUGUGUGGCACUUCACCUAUAAGCUGGUGUCGUCUCUGUAUGAGUGAAAAAUUAUCAGUUAAACAACACACUAACAGAAAAACUUCAGUAUUUACGGAAACGUAUAUGUGUGAUAUGUUUAUUUUUAUAUGUCAUUUACAGUAUGUGAAAUUAAUAUUUGAUCAAACUUCAUGCAGGAAUUGAUCAAACUUUGUGCAGGAAUUGAUCAAACUUUGUGCAGGAAUUGAUCAAACUUCGUGCAGGAAUAAAGAAUUUAGAGCUAGUCAUGUACUGUAUACAGGAAAAUAUUCAUCCCCCGAUUUAUUUUCGCUCCUUUCGCCUUGUCACUGGGCGAGUUUAAGUCUGGGCGAAACAGUUUUUUCUCUUUUAUCUCUUUUAACACAACUGUGUCUGGGCGAAAUUAAAAUGGGAAGAGACAGUCUGCAAGUGUAGAAAGGCGAAGAUAACAUGGGGUGAAAAUAAUCUUGUAUACAAUAUACAGUUGAUGUCCACUUUGUAUAACACUAACAUUAUUAUAGCAAACACAUUGAUAAUGAAUUAACACUUAUAAUGAAGAGAUUUUUAUUCCAUGCAUAGGCAAAAAAAAAAUGCAAUAUAAACAUUGAGUAUAUGAGUAAUUAUAAAGCAAAGUAUUCUGUCCCUGGUGUUUCACUACAUCAAGUUCUAUUCUCCAUGCAUCAGAGUGCAGAGAUAGAUUACUUGUCAGUAUCCAAGAAAAUUAAUCUCCGAGAGCGUAAUGCAUUAGAAUGGAGGAAGAUGACAUGAUUAUUGUAAUGAAAAUUUUGAUAUACAUGUAUGUAAAUUUCAUCAUGUGCAUUUUUGUGAGCAAAAUUUAAGCAUACCUAUGGACACUUUAGAAUCAUUAUUUAUGUUCAUAAUAUAUGUGCAUACAUCAUUUAAUAUGUACCUCUGGAAUAAAAGAUUUAGGGGUAUGUAGUUUUAUGUGCAUCUGUCUAUUUGUCUGUGAAUUUUUUUUUUCCAUGCUUAUGAAUUUGAAACAUAAGUGAAAGGGUAUUUGAUAUUUUGUUGAUGUACACUUUGUUACAUUACACUGAAGCCUCUCCAAUGAACAGUCAGCAAGAAUUGGCUCUUCUAUGUAUUUCACAAACACAAAUUAUUUUUCAACUAGUCAGGAUUGGCACCUGAUACAUGUACACUUUGAACUUUCUGAUUUUUCUUUUAUUUCAUAAAUGAAAAUCAUGUCCAAUAUAGUUUUUAGCUCACCUGAGCUAAAAGCUCAAGGGAGCUUUUCUGAUCACCCGUAGUCCGGCGUCCGUCUGUCUGUAAACUUUUAACAUUUUUGACUUCUUCUCAAAAACCAUUGGGCCAAUUUCAACCAAAGUUGGCACAAAGCAUCCUUAGGUAAAGGGAAUUCUAAAUUGUUAAAAUAAAGGGCCAGGCCACCUUCCAAGGGGAGAUAAUCAAGAAAAGGUAAAAAUAGAGUAGGGUCAUUAAAAAAUCUUCUUCUCAAGAACCACUGAGCCAGAAAAGCUGAAAUUUAUAUGAAAGCUUCCUGAUAUAGUGCAGAUUCUAAAUUGUGAAAAUCAUGGCCCCUGGGGGUUUUACAUACAAAUAUAUAGGGGAAAAUCUUUAAAAAUCUUCUUCUCAAGAACCAUUGGGCCAAAGAAGUUCACAUUUACAUGAAAGCUUUCUGACAUAGUGUAGAUUCAAGUUUGCAAAAACCAUGGCCUCCAGGGGUAGGUUGGGGCCAUAAUAGGGACUACGGUUUUACAUGCAAAUAUAUAUGGAAAGUGUUCUGAUAUGGACCAAGGUGACUCAGGUGAGCGAUGUGGCCCAUGGACCUCUUGUUCAUGAUUUGUCUCGAAUAUUUACAGGCAUUUAGAGGACAUUGCAUAAAAAGUGGCACAUUCUCAAUUUUACUCAAAUUGAGUGAAAGUGAUAAUUUUAUAAAUGUUUUUUUCUCUCAAAAAGCAUAGAGCUGAGUUUUGAACAAACCAAAUUCUUAUUGUUGAAUCCGUGCAACAGAAAGAUGCAUCUAGGGGUAUAGGCAAAGUCUUUCCAAGCCUGCUCUUUAUGUUUGCUGGAAGAAAGACUGUAUAUAAAGUAGUAUAUUAAGAUUCAGAUGUGGAAGCAGAACAUCAUGUUUUUGGAGUUAUAAUUCAGAUUUUAGGUCAUUUGGAUCAAAUUCAAAAGAACAGAUAAAAUGGAACAGGAUUCUUGCUCAAAUGUGUUAAAUUGUUAAAAGCACAACUGUUGAUUGUGAUGUGCAAAUAGCACUCUUAUCAUAUGUAGUUCUGUCAGUUUAGAAUUGCCCUGUGUUUUAUUUUCACUUUCACUUUGUAAUGCAUUUUAUCUGUAAGUUGAUCAGUAUAAGCUCUUACGUUGAUCAUUAUGUACAACCUUACAGGACUUCUAUCGACUUUGAUCACCAGGUCAAUCAAAUAUUCACAUUAUCACAAUGCAUCAUGAUCAUUCAUUUUUCUCUGUUUUAAGGUUGAAAUUUCAGUGAUCUGUUAAGUGAUAGUUAUAAGUGAGGUCUAGGCAACCUUGUAAUUAAACUUUUUGGACAUAUGUCUGUUUAAACUCCACAUAAUUAGUAUGGUCAUUGAAAUCCCUAGAGUAUAGCAUUGCUUGUUUUAUUCUAUGUGCUAUCUACGCAGAAUAAAAGAUCACUUACUCUCUGUAUAAAACAAUUCAGUGUUGUGUGAUCAAAUUAUGAUAAUUUACCAUUUUUCUAGUUGUGUUUACAUGGAGGUAUUGAAUGUUUGAGAGAGCAAUUGAUUACUUUAUGCCUUUUGUAAAAAUAGAUUAAUUAGUUUACCUGCAUUUCUAAAGAAAAUAAGUCUCAUUUGACUUGAAAAUAUUUUCUGGGAACUGAUAAGAAAUUUUAAAAUUUGUUCAGUGAAAGGUUUCCAGCACAAUAGGUAAAAAAAAUCCCCUGAAACCUCAGAAGGGAAAGAGACUCCAAAUAUCAAACUUAUAUUUUGACACCCACCUCGGCCCCCCCCCCCCCCCCCCCCCCCCCAAAUCAAUUUUCAUUGAGUAAAACUCAUUAAAAAUCCAUGUUUUAUUAAUUCCACAUAAGUUAUGGAUGACAUGUAUAACACAUUAUGAAUGUGUAUGAUAAUGUUUAGGAAGUUUUUGAAUUACUUUAUUCUGUGAAAAAUUGCAGUUUUAGUGUAUGGUAACUGCAUGGACAAAAGGUUAACAAAAACAAAUACAAACAAUAAAUAAAAACAACUGAGACUGGAUCUCAGUGAUACAGCUUAAUCUACUGAGCUUACCAGAUAAGCAACAAACUUCAAAAGGACAGGGAGUACAGUGAAACCUAAUUUAGGGACUCGGUUAUGAACAAAUUUUAUAAAGAACAAGUUCAAAAUCACUUGCCAUAUUCUUCUUACAUAUACAAGAAAAUGGUAAUUGGGAACUGUAAGGAAAUUUCCUUUUUAAAGAAAUUCUUUGUUGUGAGGAUUUCUUUGUUAUGAGGGAUUCUCAGAAUGUUGUAGGGAGUUUUCUGCAGUAAGGAAUUGUCCAUUAUAAAGGAUUCUCUGUUGGGAAUUGUUCCGUUAUACACAUGUAAGGAAUUUUCCGUGACAAGGAAUUCUCUGUAUUAACAAAUCCUCCUUUCUAAGAAACGCUUUGUUAUAAGAAGUUCUCUGUUAUAAGAAAUUCUCUGUUAUAUAAAGAAGUGGUUUUCCUGUCCUACCAUCAGUGUCACAAUGAAUACAAUUUCCUUGUUUGAAGUGAAAUCUACUAUUUAGACAUUAAUCGAAAUGUCCAUCUAAGUCAUUUUUUCAGAUUUAAAUCUAUAAUUGCAAUUUACAAACAUAGAUAUUUAAGUUUUCUAAAUACAUAAAUGUUGUGACAGUGCUAUAUGUUGAAACAAGUUUAUAUUUUGAGCUUACGAUUUAUCUUAACAAACUUCCUUACAUAGAUAUUGGGAUUUCUAAUACAUGUUCUAAGUGUUUAGUGUAUUUGUUUUAUACAAGUUUAACUGGUAUCUAUUUACAGUAAAACACAGUUACAGCAAACAGUCCUAUAAUGAAUUCACACUUACAGUGAAGUGAUUUUAAUUCCCUGUAAUACCUUUAACUAAUAUUGGAUAUAAUGAGUUAUGUUUAUAUUGAAUCACUCUUUCCCCCAGUUCUUCGUUUUAAACAUGUUUUACUGUAUUCAAUCAAAUAGAUGAUUGUGGUGAAAAAUAUUUUUUGACCAUUGUAAGUUUGAACAUUUCCAAAAGCAAAUCAGUCGAUCUAUAUAAUGUGUGAAAUGAAGCAGCCAUGUAUAUUAAGUGUGUAAGAUGAAAUAAAAUUUGUUGCAUAUUUGAUAUGUGUAAUCUAUGUAAUUUUUUUUAUGUUCCUAGGCGCCCUGGUCAUGGGUAAUGUAAAUAAAGACUAGAGGAAAUUCGAAUUAUGAUCAUGUGACACUUUCCAGAGUGUAAAAAUUUACUUCAUCAACCGUUUCUUCUCUUCUUUCUUUCUUUCUUUUUUUUUUUUUUAUAUAGAGUAUAUGGUUGGCAACGUCAAUUUUUAAACAUGAAAUUAUUUGUUUACAGCAUACUGGUAUAUACUUUUAUGAAGCGAAAUAGAUUACAGAAAAUUAAAAAUCCUAGGCACCUGAUCCCACUUCUGGUGUGUCCAGGGGUCCGUGCUUGCCCAACUAUCUAUUUUGUACUGCUUGUAGGAGUUAUGAGAUUGAUCACUGUUAUGUUAUCUUCACCUUUCAUUAUGGAGUGGGAAAAAUGACAGAUCAUAGUUCAAAUCUCCUUUAUGGGAUUCAUUUAUGGUAACAUUAUCCAUGACUGGAGCGCCUAUGUUUACAGUGUGUUGUAGAGGAUUAUUCUGUAUGUGAGUAGAUUACAAAAACCUUUGACAGGUAUGUUUCAUAAAUUUAUAGUGAAAAAUGAAUUUACAGUCCUUCAGAACUUGAAAUUAAACAUUUUGCAUCUUAACUUAGAAUGAUGAAAACCAUAUACAAAUGACGGUAGCUUAUUUUUUCUUAUGGUGUAAACUACAUUUUGCUAAAAUAUUGUUGACCUGCUUUAAGCCAGUGUGUUGAAAUAGGGUUUGCUAAUAGUACUUGUUGACAUUGGUACUUGUGGAGUUUGAAUGCAGGGAGUGGUGCAUUGUAAAUGAACCUGUGCUGCAGUUGUAUGUUUGGUGCUGUUAUUUUUAUGUAGUGCAUAUUACAUUGUAUUUGUUUAAUUUGUUGCAAUCAAUUUUUUAAAAAAUAAAAAGGUAAAAUUGAAA